UAAAGUUUAUCUAGAGGUUUCAUGUGUAAAGAGGGAGGCCAAAAUAAAUACUGUAUUAAAUUAGGAAUAAAAGAUGGCCAAUAUUUGGGAAGAAGUAGCCAGAGGUCUUUGUUAAUUGUGUAUAAUAUUCGGAGCUUUAUAAAAUGCUUCCGUUGUUGCGCAAAUGCAAAAGAAUGUCAUGUCUGGUCACCCCAAUAUUACUUCCUUCUUCAGCUGCUGUUUCCGUCCGUAAUUUCAAGCCUACUCACUCUUCACAUCAUCUUCUUCUUCCGAGCUUGUUGGGUUUAAGACGCAAGAUUGAAUUUUGGGGUUCGGUGAGAGGAAUGGCAACGAAAAUGGAUAGCAUUCAGCAAAACCCAGACUCCAUUUCGUAUCUAAACCAGAAAGAAGCUGCCGAAAUUGAUGAGAUACUGAUGGGCCCUCUUGGUUUCAGUGUUGAUCAACUUAUGGAACUGGCUGGCUUGAGUGUUGCCGCUGCAAUCGCAGAGGUCUACAAACCAAAUGAGUACAGUCGCGUGCUUACUAUUUGCGGUCCUGGAAAUAAUGGCGGUGAUGGUCUUGUAGCCGCCCGUCAUCUAUAUCACUUUGGCUAUAAACCAUUCAUAUGUUACCCUAAGCGUACUGCUAAGCCUCUUUAUAAUGGCUUGGUAACUCAGCUCGAGUCGCUGUCAGUUCCUUUCUUGUCAUUGGAAGAUUUGCCAAAGGACUUGUCUGACAGCUUUGAUAUUCUUGUGGAUGCAAUGUUCGGAUUCUCGUUCCAUGGUAGCCCAAGGCCACCUUUUGAUGACUUAAUUCAGAGACUGGUGGCACUAAAGAUUAAUGAAGAUACGCAUCAGAAACCACCUGCCAUCAUCUCUAUAGAUAUUCCAUCUGGAUGGCAUGUGGAAGAAGGGGAUCUAAGUGGUGAAGGUAUUAAACCUGACAUGCUGGUUUCUCUAACUGCCCCUAAAUUGUGUGCCAAAAGGUUUUCUGGCUCGCACCACUUUUUAGGUGGCAGAUUUGUUCCACCAUCCAUCAGAAGAAAAUUUAACCUCCAAUUACCAGCAUAUCCUGGCACUGCUAUGUGCGUCCGUAUUGGAAAGCCCCCAAAAAUUGACAUAUCAUCUCUGAGGGAGAACUAUAUAUCUCCUGCGUUGCUUGAGGAAGAGGUUGUCGCUGACCCUUUUGAUCAGUUCCAAAAAUGGUUUGAUGAUGCAAUGGUGGCAGGCUUGAAGGAACCAAAUGCCAUGGCCUUGUCAACAACUGGCAAAGAUGGCAAGCCUUCAUCAAGGAUUGUAUUGCUGAAAGGGUUUGACAAGGAUGGUUUUGUCUGGUACACCAAUUAUAAAGGAAGAAAGGGUCAACAAAUAGCUGAAAAUCCUCAUGCUGCACUCCUCUUUUACUGGGAUGAUUUGAAUCGCCAGGUAAGAAUCGAAGGGCCUGUGCAAAAAGUUUCUGAUGAGGAAUCUGAGCAAUAUUUUCACAGUCGUCCUCGAGGAAGUCAGAUUGGUGCUAUAGUUAGCCAACAGAGCACAAUUAUUCCAGGAAGGGAAGUCCUCCUGGACGAAUACAAACAGUUGGAGGCCAAAUACUCUGAUGGAUAAAUAUUUUUGUUUGCAGUGGUAAGUUGAAGUGCAUGUGUCUACCGGUAGGCUUUCAUUGAUUCUUUAUCUAUGCCUGCCUCAGCUUAGACGUAGCUCGAAUUAGAUUUCAUCAGUAGGUCCAACCAAAACUCAGUCUUGGGAAUGCUGAUUUAAUAUUGUUAAAUUGUUCGAGAUUAAUGACAUUUAAUCUGAAAACUGUAAAUUAAUGUGUCAAGUGAAGUGUAAUGACAUUUAAUUUGAAAAUCCUAGAUCAAUAGAUUGAUUGUGAAAGAAGAGGAAAAGAACUAGCGAGCAAUACCACUUUUAUUUUUUCAUUUUGGUAUUUAGCUGUAUGAACAAGUAGGACCCCCCGCCUAAUGAAGCUCAGACUUGCCUUUUGCUGAGGUCUGACUUCAUAUUUAAACUUAGCCCUCUCAGAUUCAAUUUAGAUGCAGUUUCAGAAAUGGUGCUUAAUGAGCUCAGUUAAAUUGUUCAGUUCCUAUUUUAGCAUAUGUGCUAUUAUGUAUCUCAGUGUUUUCAUGUUCAUGUAUAAUUAAAACAAACUAAUUGUGUCUCCUGUAAUCUGAUUUUUAAAAAAUUGUCUCCUGUAACCAUUUAAGUAAUUUGUCAUUUCUCUUCCCCGGCUUCGUGCUAGUAAGUUUCAAUCCCAUAUCCUUGUAAAGACUGGAGAACCUAUUUUGUCUCAU